UCGAAAAAAACUGAAAACCAUUAUACCCGUUCGAAAAAAAGCUAAACGGGUAUUAAACGUUCGAUACCCGUUCGAAUCCGGUUGCGUUCGAAUGUUCGGAUGCAAGUAUGUUGAGCAGGCACAGGGGAUAUGGUGGCCAUAGCCGCGCUCCACGCAAUUCCAUGGCAUUCCUCGCAAUCUCUGGCGAAUGGUCGCGGGAGGAGGAAGAUCUGGGCAUCGGCAGCGCCGGAUUCUCCUCAGAAACCUGGUACCUUAGCUAUUGAGGAGGAAGAAGUUGUAGAAAACGUAGAGAAAGAGGAAGAUUAUACUGGAUCCGGGUGUAAGACUUGCGGGCGAUCGGAGGUGAUGUGGGGCUGCAAUGGGCUGGGGCGAAUCCAGGGCGGCAUUGCAGCGGUGCCGGGAUUUGGGUGGUGGCCAAUCAAGGCAUUCCGGCCAUGCCCGGCGUUCGUAGAGUCUGGGGGGCGGUACAAGAGGCAGGGCCAGAGGCUGGACGAGUUCGCCUAUGGCAGGCGAUUUAGCAAGAGCGAGAAGGAAGCAAGCCGUCCCACAUCUGAUACUCCUCGCAAGAAGACCACGAAGAAGCGCAAUUAGUAUGAAGUUCUUCCACAUUCCAAGCACGGGCUGUAUUGUUAGUAAAAUAAUAUACAAAAGUGAAAAAUUAUUAUUUUUAUUCAUAUAAAAUUUAAAGACA